GCAUUUGAGAGCACCCUGAAGUCCUGGGAGGACAAACAGAAGUGUGAGUUGUCCCGACCCUCCUCUUUCUCUCUGCAACCAGAGAUCAUGUCUGAAGAAGAGUCCACCCAGAUCAACCGCUUUGGCCAGGCCGCAGGUGCUCUGAUCCACAGCAUUCGGGAAAUAGCACAAUCCUACCAGGACAUGGAACAGGAGCUUGCCCAUGCUGUCAAUGCCAGCUCCAAGUCUAUGGACAAAGUCUACGCUAAAUCCAAGUCUACAGAGGGUCUGAACUGCAGCCUCGUUGUAGAGAUGGUGAAUAAUGUGAAAGCCCUGCAUAAUGAGACAGAGCUGCUGCUGGCAGGCAAGAUGGCUCUGCAAUUGGAUCCUCCACAGAAAGAGCAGCUCCAAACUGCCCUGGCAGACAUGGACCUCCAGCUAAGGAAGCUGGCAGACAUCCCUUGGCUGUGGCAGCUCAUGGAGCCCUGUGAUGAGGAGAACCAGAUGUUGGAUUAUUCUAAACGCAGCCGCAGCGGCAAAUUUCGGCUGGUGACCAAGUUUAAAAAGGAGAAGAACAACAAAAAUAAGGAGGCCCAUAGUAGCAUGGGAUUGCCGGUUCACCUAUGGGGAACGGAGGAGGUUGCGGCCUGGCUUGAGCAUCUCAGUCUUUGUGAGUAUAAGGAUAUCUUCAUCCGACAUGACGUCCGGGGCUCUGAGCUCCUGCACCUCGAACGGAGGGACCUCAAGGACCUGGGUGUGACCAAAGUGGGUCACAUGAAGAGAAUCCUGCACGGGAUCAAGGAGCUGAGCCGGAAUACUCCUGCCAGCGAGGUUUAGCCUCUGUGUUCACAGCCUGUGUCUACCAUUCCCCCUAACCGCACAGCAGUCACCUCACAGAGCAGACGUGCUCACAACUGUGUCUACUGAGCAGCCAGAGCAGCUGGUCAGAGCUCAUAUCAGCCAAGCGUGGUGCUACCUUUAUUACCUGUGGGGUACAGCCGCAUCCAUCGAGAGGCACCUGCCCUGCGUACCCCGGAGCCUCCCCAAGGAGAACUCGCUCUGAAGAACCGUGUCCUUACGUGUGGGAAAUGCUGGUUCCAGUGACAGUGUAGGACUCCUGAGAAUUGCAACACAGCUACCUUUGCUGGAUAAUUUUGUCACAGUAGAAUUAUUCAGUGCAAAAGAUAUAUUGGCCAGUCUUAGUUCAGGAGUAUCUGGCAGUCUUUUUAGACCCAAAGCUUUCCCACUCGGUUGUAGGUCACGCCUGUAUCUUAGAGCAUUGAAGUGGGACAAAGCAUGUCCUUGUGUCUUACCUAAUCCCCUCCUUCACACACCUGUAAUUGCAGGUGGUUUGCAUCAGAAAUUCAAAGCCAGUGCAGACCUCCUCUUGCAAGUGAGGACCCAGUGAUUCUCACUCACUCCUGCCCUGCAACAAACAAUGCACAUGGUUAAAACAGUCUUUUGCACCAGCCUUGCCGUUUUCUGCUGGGCCUAGCUCUCCUCUCUUUUGGCCACUGGUAAUGGUACAAUCUCUAGAUUUUCAGGCAUU